AUGACCCUCUACCAAAGCUCUGAGCUGCAGAAGGAGCUGUCGUGUCUGUGCACAUGUCUGCAGAGCUCUGAGCUGCAGAAGGAGCUGUCGUGUCUGUGCACAUGUCUGCAGAGCUCUGAGCUGCAGAAGGAGCUGUCGUGUUGGUGCACAUGUCUGCAGAGCUCUGAGCUGCAGAAGGAGCUGUCGUGUUGGUGCACAUGUCUGCAGAGCUCUGAGCUGCAGAAGGAGCUGUCGUGUUGGUGCACAUGUCUGCAGAGCUCUGAGCUGCAGAAGGAGCUGUCGUGUUGGUGCACAUGUCUGCAGAGCUCUGAGCUGCAGAAGGAGCUGUCGUGUUGGUGCACAUGUCUGCAGAGCUCUGAGCUGCAGAAGGAGCUGUCGUGUCAGUGCACAUGUCUGCAGAGCUCUGAGCUGCAGAAGGAGCUGUCGUGUUGGUGCACAUGUCUGCAGAGCUCUGAGCUGCAGAAGGAGCUGUCGUGUCAGUGCACAUGUCUGCAGAGCUCUGAGCUGCAGAAGGAGCUGUCGUGUUGGUGCACAUGUCUGCAGAGCUCUGAGCUGCAGAAGGAGCUGUCGUGUCAGUGCACAUGUCUGCAGAGCUCUGAGCUGCAGAAGGAGCUGUCGUGUCGGUGCACAUGUCUGCAGAGCUCUGAGCUGCAGAAGGAGCUGUCGUGUCGGUGCACAUGUCUGCAGAGCUCUGAGCUGCAGAAGGAGCUGUCGUGUCGGUGCACAUGUCUGCAGAGCUGCGAGCUGCAGAAGGAGCUGUCGUGUCGGUGCAGAUGGAUUGUCUGA